GGGAACGAGGCAAACAGAACACAUGAAAGGAUCUGCAAACGGUCUGCGCUGAGGAAUCGGUCCACGUCUGCACACACUGGCAUGCACACACAUCGAAGGGCACCACAAUAUCGACACACCCACGUUUCCCCUUCCCCCCUCCCUCCCUCUCCAGUCAGUUCUCUCCAGCCGGCCCGACCGCACCCCACACCCGACAGCGAGCCGGGUGGGGCAUUUUCGUGGUUUCCGAGCCGCCCGUCACUCGACGACCGGAGGGAGCACGGAGGAGGACCCCUAUGGUCUUCCCUUCGUCACUCUUGUGGUAUACUCUGCAGCCGGAUGGGGCCUUUGGCCUUCCGAGGCUCAUCAACAACAGCGCCUGUCCCCCACAGCACACAAACAGAUGUGGCCUUGGUCAGUGAUCCGCCUGUGGCUGCAGUAUGUACGUACCCUUCUGCAGUAUGUGUAUCCGUUUCUGGUCCACUAGGCGGUAUGCCGCUUGGCGAGUCACCUCCAUCAGACCCCUCCAGUUGUCCACCAGGCCUUCAGCAGCCAGCUGACAGACGAUACACACACCGACGUCACGUUGCCAGCCGAGAUGAGAUGUCACUGAGUGAGUGCAUCCCCUCCCCUCCCCGGAUAUGUACCUGCCUGGGUAUCUCGCUUGGUCAGCAGGUCUUGCGAGGGCCGCGCUUCGUGACCAGAUCCAUCACUCUGGCCUCCAGAAAAGCAUCGAGUUCAGGGCCCCUCGGCAACUCGCCGGAGGCGGGCGGCGCAGGGGGAGCCUCUUUACUCUUGGCCUUCUGCUUCGCCUUGGGCAUAUCUAUCGGGCAAAUGGAUGGGGUGGGAUGGGAUGAAUGGAUCGGCUCUGUGUGCCACUGCAGCGCCACUGCCAGAUCUCUGCUCAGAUCCUUAUCUGACAAUACAGAAAGCGUAUGCGAAGGCACAGGAGAUUCAUCCGGGUUGAUUCAUAUGCGUUC